AUGAUUUCGCCAAUUCAGGAUGUCCAACUCUGGGGACAACAUGGAGAAUCAUUCAACGAAGAGGCAACACUCCUUAAAUCAAAACAAGGAAUUGUAGUUGCCAUAUUUGCUGGUCUCACUGCAGGAAAUUUUUCAGGCAAAACAAAAGCAUCUUCAAGCUCUGCUACUCACAUAUAUAUUGACCUUGACAUACCUCAAGUAGCACAAUUCCGCACAAGCUUCCAAUGGGAAUGCCCAACACUUGAGCAGCAACUCCCUAAAGUUGUACGUUUAACUCCAGUUCAAGCAGCAGGAAAAAUAUACACUUUAAAUGAAAUAUCUACUAUGCCUAUUUCAGCAUUUCAGGGAGGAGCUAUAUAUAGCGCCAUUGCUGAAAUAACUUCCAUAUUGUCAUCAGUUAAUUGGUAUUACAUAGCAUGCCAUCGUUGUGAGAAAGGGUACAACAAUUAUUCUAAUUCUCCAAGAUGUGCUUGCGAAGUAUCAUUCCCCAAACCAAUGUAA